ACUCUUCUCCUCUCCUCUCCACCUUCCACCCUCUACCUUCCCGCCAAUAGGCAGUGGCAACCUCAGGUGAACCCCAAAAGACUCACUCUCGCCGGAGGAAGUAUGGAACCUCACCAUUCCGUCGCAGGAAGACCACAUAGAAAACCCCUCGGAGAUUGCACCAACACCAUCUCCAACAGAACCCCCCACCAUCCCUCUUCUCCCUCCGUCAAAUUCGCGAAUCCGAGCCUCACUUCUUCUCUCAAGAGAUUAGUUGAUCAAACCUCUCUCAAGGACAAGUCCCAAGCUGUCAAUAACUCCUCAAACGUUGUCGCCGUGACCGUAACCGGAACCGUUUCCAAGUCCGUUAGGCCCGUAACUCGCCGUAAUUCCGCCGAUCUGGCAUCUCCGGCGGCCCCUACGCCUUCUCCUCCCUCUAAACCCGAUGCCGUCGAUAAACCAGAAGGUGGUCCCGCUUCCCGGUCAAGACCCGUCACUCGCCGUAUGUCCGCCGAUCUAGGUUUUCCGGCCUCCGCGCCGCCUCAGCCUCGCUCCGGUGUUGGUGACAAGGAGGUUACUGAGCCGUACUCUGUUUACACUGUUAGAAGGAAGGCUUCUGGGAGAAAAAGGAUUAAAGACGUGUCUUCCUCUAGUGCAAUGCCUCGCCUUCGUCUUGACUUGAUCUCAACCCCUGGGAAGAGGAAACUUCAAGCGGAUGAAAAUAAAACUAAGCCCUCAAAAGUGGCUCCCAAAAAGAGGCAGCGAACAGUGAAGAAGAAUAAGGAAGAUAAUGUGCCUCAGGAUUAUAUUGAGCAGCAGAAAGCGUACUUUGCAGAGGUCGAUGCAUUUGAGCUGCAAGAAGAAGAGGUAUCUAGUAGCGACUUAGACUAAGAAGUUAUAACUAAGGAUAUCAAUGACACACCAUAACCCGUUUUGUUUGUAUCACUGUAUAGCUAAGGCUUCUUCUCACACCCGAAUAUUCUACUGACCCCUUAAUACACAUGACAUGCUAAUCUUUGUGUAUAGAAAAGAUCUAUUUGACUUCGU